AUGAUUCAUGGCGGAUCACAGACAGGAAGUAACUUCUUGAACAAGCCGGAUGGUGGUAAGGGUUGGGCGUCCCUCUUCAUUCAGCAAGGCUACGAGCUCUUCAUUGUGGAUAUACCUGCUCGAGGCCGUUCAGCAUGGCUACCCAUCGGUGGACCAAACCUUGCAUCCGCUUUUCCAGUGCAGUAUGUCGAGUCUCACUUCACAUCAUCGAAGAAGUACGGCCUUUGGCCACAAGCAUCCAAGCAUACGCAGUGGAACGGCUCAGGCGAGAUGGGUGACCCGAUCUUCGACCAGUUCUACGCAUCCAACGUGCAGUCGACCACAAACGCCUCGUGGGCGCAAGCAGCCACACAACGUGCUGGAGCAGCACUACUCGAUAGAAUCAACAAGCCGGUCAUCCUCAUGGGGCAUAGUCAGGGUGGCCCAAUGGUGCCUGCAGUUGCGGAUGCACGCCCGAUGCGAACGAAGGCGUUAAUACUGCUCGAGCCAGCAGGUCCGCCGUUUCGGGAGGCCGUUUUUAAGAACAAGUCCGCCCGCCUCUGGGGCGUUGCCGACAUCCCGCUUCGCUACGAUCCGCUAGUCCUGGAUCCGGCUACCGACCUCGUUGUCCAGCAAACGGUGGCUGCCGCGGAUACGGCACACACGGCCUGCAUCCUCCAAGCCGACGACCCAACCCCUCGCAAGCUCACAAACCUGGCUGACAAGCCAAUGCUACUGGUAACGGCCGAGGCUUCGUACCACGCCGUAUACGACCACUGCACUGUUCAGUUUCUGCGCCAGGCAGGUUGCAGUCGGCUGGAUCACAUCGAGCUCGCCGAAAUUGGCAUCCAUGGUAAUGGACACAUGAUGUUCAUGGAGAAGAAUAGCGACGAGAUCCAGGCUGUAUUACAUGACUGGAUCGGUAGGAUUGGAAGCUAUCCACACCUCCACCGCCACGCCAAAUCGCACAGCUUGAAUGGACUCACGUCUUCCAAGGAGGAAUCACAUCUACGUCCUACGAAAGAAAAGAUGGCUCGAUUCUUCAUGCUGGCGGCGAGCACUGCGGCUCUGUUUGCCGGUGUGAAGGCACAGCUCUCUUACCAAGGAUGCGUUGCUGUCGACCCCAACUCAUUCGCUGAUACUACUCCUCUCGAUCCCAACUCUCCAGAGACAUGCGCAACAUACUGCAGUGGUCUGGGCUACCAAUACAUCGCAGUUUCCGCACAAUUCUGCUCUUGCUCGGGAACUGCACUCACAGUCACAGACACAUACGCGGACACUGGCAACACAGAGUGUUCGUUCAACUGCGAUCCUCCGUAUGAGGCCGAGUUCUGUGGUGGCAUUGACAGCACAACGCUCUCCUUCAUCUACAGCUACUACAUUGUGUCAGGCAGCGUCAGCGUCUCUGUUUCACAACCAGCCACUGUUGCCAGCUCAUCCGCGCCGGCUGCUGUCUCAUCGUCAACACAGGUUGUCGUUGUCUCCUCAAAUAUACCCGUUACCACAGUUCCCGCCACCCCCUCGACUACUAGCUCGGCUGCCGCUGAUCCUGCGGAUGGAACCUCGGCAGGUGCUCCGAUUGCCAUUUCAUCUGGCGUCGUCAUCGUCCCAUCAUCGACCGUCGUUGCCAGCGCUGACCCUGCGCUGGUUUCUGGUACUGAAGCCGCAGCUGCACCAGAUGUUGUCGUCACCGUCGACAUCCCGACUUACACAGCUACGGUUUACACGACCACGACUUCGCUGUACAGUACUUGCCCAGCUUGCGCCGCGUCGCCGACGGAGGUUGUCUUGGCGGUCACAACGUGCUACCCUGGCGAGCUCUUCACCUCGCAAAUCGCUAUUGUGACCGAGGUGCCCUGCAGCGGUGGAUGGCUCGAGACGCAGACCAUCGACACAGUGACUGUGUUCCCGUAUAACCCGGCCGAGAGCACGACGACUGUCAUCACCGAGGGAACGACUACCCGCACGGUGCUGAUUCCCGUGACACAUGUCCUGUCUGUGACAGAGGCUCCCGCCAUCAUCACGGAGGCGCCCAUUGCGACACCUAUCGCAACACCCAUCGCGUCACCCAGCAGCAACGGCACGAACAUCACCAUUGUUGUGCCCUCAUCGUCAACAGGACCGUUCACCGCCGUUGUCACUGCAGGCGCUACGACCUUUGCGGACGAGAGCCUCAAGAUGGCCGGCGCGAUGUUGGGUGCCCUGAUGAUCGGUGCCGUGAUGGUGCUAUAA